GUCACGCCUUCUUCGAAAGUUGUCGGCGAUUUGGCACAGUUUAUGACUCAGAAUCAACUCACUGCAGAAACUCUGUUAGAAAAGGCCGAUGAACUUUCCUUCCCCGCCUCGGUUGUUGAGUUUUUCAGUGGUGAAGUUGGGAUUCCCUACGGCGGAUUUCCGGAGCCUUUGAGAACAAAA